UUACCGCUCAUUCUUCUCACUUCUCUGAACGUUAGCAGUUGGCUUAGCUGAAAUGUUUGCAAUGGCUAAGAUUUCGUGUCUUGUAGUAGUAAUUAUGUUUGAAUUGAGUACUAGUUGGGUUAUAAAUGAUGUGGACUUACAGAGUUUAAGAGAAAGAGGUCUGAUUGACGACAGCAACGAAAUGAAAAUGGACGAGUCUGAACUCAGAUUCAGUCUGAUUUAUCCAGGUACAAAAUGGUGCGGCGCCGGCGACAUAGCGGACGGCUACGAUGAUCUCGGCCCCGCCCGGGAGACCGACAUGUGCUGCCGCGACCACGACCACUGCCCCGACACCAUAACAGCGGGCCAGACCAGGCACAAUCUCACUAACAAUGCCUUCUACACGCGAUUGAUCUGCGAAUGCGACGAGAAGUUCCGCCUGUGCCUGCGCGCCGCCAAGAGCAAAAUCGCCAAACAGAUCGGGACAGUCUACUUCAACGCACUAGACACCAAGUGCUUCCGGGAGGACUACCCUGUGGUCGGGUGCAACAAGAAAGGAGGAUGGUUGAACAGCAAAUGCCUGGAGCCCAAAUAUAACACGGACGGUAAGCAGCGGUACCAGUGGUUUGAUGUACCAAAUUAUUAAUCUAAUCGUAUUAUAAUUAAUAUUUAUUUUAGUCGAUAAGUAUAGUACCUAG